CAAGACAGGAAGUGCACCAACGUGCUUUGCCUGCUGUUCUUCAUUUGCUUCUGGUUCGGGAUGUUGGUUGUAGGCAUCGUAGGGUUUGUCAAAGGAAAUCCAAACAGAUUGCGGUAUGGGUACGACUUUCUAGGACGAACUUGUGGGUACGGAGAUGUGAAAGGCUUGAAAUACCUCUACUAUCCCUUCCCUUACAACUCAACAAGCAGCUCCACGGACCUGACGUGGGCGGUAUGUCUCAAGGACUGCGGGCUCACCAACGCCUCCAUGCUCUCUAUCAUCAAGAUUCAGGGGGUCGGCGCCAAUGCGACCACAGACAGCAGCUCGUUUUCCUCCGUCAUGAGCUCCUUCGAAGGCCCGCAGCAAUCCUUCGCCUACCUGACCGACCAGAUUCAGGAGAAGUGGGGUGUCAUCGUUGCCUCAGCUGGCAUCGCUCUUGGCGUGUCCCUGCUGUAUGCUCUGAUGCUUCGCCUUGCAGCGAAGCCGAUCACCUUUGCUGUCCUCAUCUUCACGUGGUUCCUUCUUGGAGGUGCGACGGCCAUCUUGUCAAUCAAGGCAGGUUUCAUCGACUCCUCUCAGCUGCCCGGGUCGUCCUACUCCAGCAGCUACUUGCCCGCUGGCUUUACCUUCCAGCAAGCGCAGCAGAAUCAGAACCUGGUCAUUGCGGCAGCUGUGAUCUGUGGAGUUAUUUUCUUGAUCUACACGCUCUUGUUCAUCUUCUUGUUCAAGCGCGUCUUGAUCGCCAUCGAGGUCAUCGAGCUCGCCUCCGAGUGUAUCAUGACGAUCCCCUCCGUGUUCGUCUUCUGCAUCUUCCAGUGGUUGGUGAUGAUCUCCCUCUUUGUCUGGUGGAUCUUCGUCAUGCUCUACCUAGUGGCCGCUGGCAGCUGGGACGCCAACGCUCAUCAAUACGUCUGGGACACGGCUUUACAGCGGGUGAUGAUCUACCACUUCUUCGGGCUCCUGUGGGGCAGGUCCUUCAUCCUCGCCAUCGGCAACUUGGUCGUGGCCGGAGCCAGCGCUGAGUGGUUCCUGGUGGAUGACAAGCUCAACCUGGUGCUCCCUGUCCUGAGCUCCUUCCGUCGGACUCUGAGAUACCACUCGGGCACAGCAGCCUUGGGCAGCUUCAUCAUCGCAGUCGUCCAGAUGAUCAGGUGGAUUUUCAGAUACUACAUGUACCAGCUGAAGAAGAUGAACCCUGACUCCAAGAUCGUCAAGGUGCUCGCCUUUAUCGGCGAGUGCUGCCUUGCCUGCCUCGAGCGCUUCCUCAACUUCAUCAACAAGAACGCGUACAUCCAGACCGCCAUCACUGGGGCUGGUUUCUGGACAGCAGCAGUCGCAGCCUUCAAUCUUCUCGUCAGGAAUUGUCUGCGCAUCGGAACCCUCAACAUCGUAGCAACGAUCUACAUCUACAUCGGCAAGCUCUUCAUCGCCCUUGUCACCGGCAUCAUCUGUGCCCUUAUCAUGGUGGGAGGGGACUACGGCAACGUUACCGACGCCCCCGUCUUUCCCAUGACAAUCAUCCUCCUCAUCGCCUUCGGCAUUGCCAGCAUCUUCCUCGACGUGUGGGAGAUCUGCAUAGACACCAUCUUCCAGUGCUACUGCAUGGACGAGGAG